AUGAAGAUUCUACAUGAUUCUGCAAUUGCCAAUUUUCUAAUAGCCACAAAUCUCAUAAUUUGGGAUGAGGCUCCAAUGAUGAAGAAACAUUAUUUUGAAGCAUUAGAUAGGACAUUAAAGGACAUAAUGCAUUGUGAUCAAAUUUUUGGAGGAAAGGUCAUUGUUCUUGGGGCAGAUUUUCAACAAAUUUUUCCUGUAAUACCUGGUGCCUCUAGAGUAGACAUUGUUAAUGCUUCAAUACAUUCAUCCUAUCUGUGGUAUCAUUGUAAAAUAUACAAGUUGACUAUGAAUAUGAGGUUGUCUGCAUCAAAUUUUGAAUCAGAAAAGGUUGAUAUACAAUCUUUCUCAGAUUGGCUUUUAAGCAUAGGAGAUGGUUCAAAUAGUAUUGAAGGAGGAGGACAAUCAAUCAUACAUAUACCAGCUGAAUUUUUAAUAUUUGAGUUCAUUGACCCUUUGAAGAAAAUUGUAGAAACAAUUUGUCCCCAAUUAGAGCAAAAUUUCAUGCACGAAGAUUUUUUCACCAGCAAGAUAAUAUUGGUUCCGACCUUAGAAGUUGUAGAUCAAUUGAAUAAUUACAUUUGCUCAAUUUUCUCAGGGGAUGCAGUUACAUAUUUCAGUUCAGACUCCAUAUACAAAGUUGAUCAACAUUCUGACUACUUUGAUGAUAUUUACAAUACUAAAUUCCUAAACAUAAUUAAAUGCUCAGGAAUGCCUCCACACAAUUUGACUCUUAAAGUAAGAGUCCAUGUCAUGCUUAUAAGAAAUAUAGAUCAGGCUAAUGGACUAUGUAAUGGAAUAAGAUUGAGGAUCACUUUGUUGGCAGACCAUUUUAUUAGAGGAGUAACCCUAAAUGGAUCAAAAUCAGGAGAAGAAGUCUAUAUUCAUUGCAUGGACCUUAACCCUUCUGAGGGAAAUCUUCCUUUUCUCAUGCAUCGUCAACAAUUUCCUAUUGUCCUCUCAUUCGCAAUGACCAUAAAUGAAACUCAAGGACAGACUUUGUCAAAAGUAAGAGUUUAUUUGCUAAAAUCAGUUUUUACACAUGAUCAAUUGUAUGUUGCUUUAUCUAGAGUUACAUUGAAGAAUGGCCUUAAGCUUCUUAUUCAUGAUUCUAAAUUUAGGCCAUUGACAUCUACAACAAAUGUAGUUUACAAGGAAAUUUUUCAAAAUGUUGUGUGA